ACAUUAUUUGGCUUAGUGAGUGGGAUUACACAUACACACAAACACACAAAGAAAUCGAUGGCCGCCGAAGGAACAUGCCAGUGGGGACUUUUGGAUCGUUUUUCCUGCUUUUUAUUUGCAACAAAAAAUUAACACUCCGCAAUAGUGUGACGUUUGAUUGUGCCAAAAAUGUGACUGGACGUGAAAUCAUCCUGAGGAAACACCUCUACCGAAAACAAGAACAUACCAGUGAAAGGAUAAAGCGAAAGAUCUUAUCAAACAAAACUAGAGAAAAAACAUGCUUCAAGACAUUAUUUUUUCUCCUCUUUUUAUAAGAAAUUCUCAUCCUCAUGUGACUUUUGAAGGAACCUUUUUUUAAUUUCUUUAAAAAGCUCCACCUGGCAGUUCUUUCCAAGGUCCAACGGUUAAUCUUGCAGUAGUGUGUAUGAGAAAAGCUUUAAAUUUAACUUUAGGUAAAUUGUAAAGGUUUAUCGGGAGACGAUAAAAAAGAAAUGUUAAAAUUAACAAAAGAAGCAGAAAAAGCGUGUAAGAGAAGAAAACUCUGAUAAGUAACACACACACACACACACAGACGACGACACAAACGAUACAAAGACACACCUUGUUUGGACACGUGCCGGGCAAGCUAAGGUAAGAGCGUGUGCAGAGAUAUUGGCUUUGGAGUUUUGCUUUAUUUCUAACAAAAUUUUGAAUUUUUUUGUGGGAUUCUUUCCCAUCGUUAUGUCUCUGCACACCAUUUUACUAAAAAACACACAAAACACACACAUGCACGCUUGCUCUGGCACGAACGUGAAUUCUCAUUUUGUAAAGAAAGCGAAGAAAACCUUACCCAGCAGCAAAAAAGAAAACAAAACAACCAAAAAAAAGCGAACAAUCGUAACAAACAUAUUAUUAACUUGCGUAUGUUAAGCAGCAAAUUGAAUCGAUGCAUUGAAAAAAACCCAUAUUUGAAGCAGAAAAAAAAACAAAACAACACAUACGAAAAAAAAAAAAACACAAAACAACCAAAAAAAAACAUUGCUUAAGUCGAAUUUAUAUACACAUAUAAUACGAAUUGUGAGAAGGGUAAAGGGCGGGGCAAUCUUUUUUGUAAAAUAUUGGACUCCAAACCCCGGUAUGGCUCGGUAUUCACAGCGGUUGAUUGAUUGACCCGUGCCGUGUGCCGGCCAAUAGGUACGCGUUUUUCUUCCUUUUUCAUUCUUUAAACAAAGAAAAACAAAACAAAACGAACAAAAAAAAUACAUAAAAAAGCUAGAUAAAAAAGAGAAUCAAAGCAAAAAACACAAUAACAUAUUCCAUUGACUAAACAAAACAAACCAACCAAAAAAUCAUGCAGAGCUUGACUUCUUCUUGGGUCUAGGUUUUUUCCCCCUACCUUUUUCUCGAUCGUUGAUUGAUUAGUUGUAGGCGCUUUUUUCCUGGUAGCCGGAACAGCAGCAACAGAAGAGGAAGGAAGAAGGUCCGGAAAACAAAGCGGGAAGUAUUCGGAUUACGGUGGUGUAGAACGUGUUGACUACUAAGCGACUAAAGCACGGAGAGUGAAUGGGAACUCUCAAAAAAAAAAAACUGGUGGAAAAUGUAAUACAAAACUGAGUAGGAGGAACACGUACUGUUGGAAGUUGUAACUGCAAAAGUAGGAAAGUAUGAAAAGAAGUAGAAAGGGAUCGGGCACAGAAUACCUGAGAAGCUAUGGUUUCGACUUGAACAAACAAAAACAAGAAAACAAAACAUAAUAAACAAAUCUACUCUAGCUCCCUAGCUCGCACAACCAUCGCCACACACAAGUACAGAAAAGUAAACAGAAAGGAACAUCAACCCUUAACACCUUCUUCCACAAGAAACAUUCUUGCUGAGGUGAGUCCAGCCAAGAGUCACUUUCUGCUCUUCCCACUCUUCCGUUGCACCACUGGCGUGCGUUGCGACCAAUUGUGUUGAAAUACGGAGCUUCAGCAUCCUACAAAGCACACUAGAGUUGUGAAAAUCACUAACAAACAACAACACACCGAAACACACGAUGGAACAGGCAAUGCGAGGGGGGGGGGGUGACUAAACAAAAAGAACAGGAAGCAAGGAGCACGAAAGUAGGAAAGAAAGGUGAGAAAAUUGUAAUGGAACAUUUGCAGUACUCUUCCCUGACGCGCAGAACGAACUUCCUCGCGGCUACGCAGAAGAGAGAGAGAGAAAAAGAAAGCAAAAGAUGUUUGCCGAAUUGUGAUUAUUAAAAAUACUAUUAUCAGAGUACUUUAAUGCAAACAGAAAACAAAACAAAAAAAAAGCAGCGUAGAAAACAUUGUAGCACUCAAUCUCUUUCUCGCGAAGAGGGCAACGUGUGGUACUCAGAGCGAAAGGAAAUCUGGAAAGAGAAGAAAGAAAAAAACCCAAAAACUCUCUACUUGUAAAAAGCUAAACCAAUCUAAAUACAAAGCAAAAGAAAACGGAAAGAAAAGAGAAAAAAGUCCAACCCUAAUGGAUAUUAUACCUUUAUCGCGUAAGUGGAGUGAAUGCAGAUGCAAAACCCUUGAAUCGUUAAUGCAAAAACAGAACAAAAAGAAGGACAAAAGAGGAAGAGGAGACGAGAGAGAGAGAGGAGAGAAAGAACAAAACAAAAAAAAUAUAUUUGCUAUAUACCAAUUGCCUUGCACUGAUAUAAAUGAAAUGGAAAAAUAAAACAAAAACAAAAGAUUAAAACAAAAAAAACCAAGCAGAAGAAAAGCUAAAGAGCUGUGUAAAGUUGAACGCAUAUUAAACCUAAGCGCCACAAAAAAAAAAACACGGGACGCGAUCAUACGUGGGUGUGCGUGCGUGUGUGAAAAUCGUUAAAAACACAAACGCACACACACUCAAGAGCUGUAAUAUAGAAACAAAAACAAAAAACUAAGUAAAAAAAGCUAUUCUUUCCCAAAAGUUUUACCCGCAUUCGUUCUAGCGAAAUGAACAAAACAGUUAGUAGCAGAGCAGAAGAAAAAGAAAGGAAUAAAAGAAAGAAAGAGAGAGAGAGCGAGCGAUAAAUGAAUCAUGAAGAAAUAAGUGAGAUUAGAAGAAUGAGUUAAGAAACACACAGACAGACAAGAAAAACGCUAACAGAAGAGUGAAACAAAAGGUGUAAACAAAACUUGUAAAAAAAGGAAAACAAGGUGAAAAAAACACAAAAAACACACACACAGAAACACGAGAAUGUUACAGUUUUCCUCUUAUUUCUUCGAGUAUUCUUCAAAAAUUAAUAAGCAAAGCAAAAAGGAGAGAAUAAACUUAACACAAACCAAAAAAGGGUUAAAGUCGCUGCUGCAUAUAGGAAGCCUCAAGGAGCCUAUAGUGAGGAGCCACGAACCACACUGACAAAAACACACACACACACAGACACUCAGUGAAGAAGAAUGCGUGUACAGACGAUCGCGAAGCAGGCAGACAAAUGCACACGACGAUCGAGCCGAUCUACUACUCUUCUUCUUGAACACAAGGAAGUUUUUACCUACAUUGAGCUACUGCCAAGGGACUUACCACUACUACUACUACUACUACUACUACUACUACUACUACUUUGACGCCCGAUAUUAGUCAGACGUACGGUUAUUUGGAGCGAGUCUGUUGAAUGUUACUACUAUUACCAGGGUUAUGGGUUUUCCGACAACUCUUCCAAAGCAUCCUCCCCUCCUCCGCAAAAGGAAGAGAUCGCGUUUGUUUGGUUGUUUUUUUUGCCCACCCACGGUCGAACUAAGUUUAAUUCGAGUUUAUAAGACAAAAAAAAAUUGUAGCUAACUGUGUAACUGUUAAAUAAUUUGGGUUUGAAUAUUUAAACGGUGGAACUCCUCGGUGCGGUUCGAUCGGUUGAAGUUUGUAAAGUUGAACAGCAGGAUCCAGCUGCUAGUAUCGAACGUUAUUUAUGUACCCCUUUUCCUCCUUCGAUAACAAUUAUACUCGCUAUUAUAAUACACAAACCAAAAAAAAAAGUAAAACGCAUUGCAGAAUGAUUUUCCUUUUCAGCAGGUGAGAGUCAUUUUCCAUUUCGAAAUGCUAACGUUUCUCUCCACCUCCAAUCACGUGCUCGAGAAUACACUCACACACACUCACGUACACACACACACACACAAAUACAAGCGCAAAGUGGCUCUAUAGGAGGAUAGGAGGAAGGAAUGUUGGAGAAAUUGGUUACGGGUCCUUUAAUUCAGAAACAACUCGAUUCGCUUUUAAGGCAAGCGUGGGCAUCAUUUAGUCGAACAAAUAAAAAAAGGGAAAAACAAAAAUGGGAGUUAA